CUUUGAGUCUAAAGUCCAACCAACAUCUUUAACUGCAUAUCCUUUUAAUUCUUUGCAACAAUGUCUGCUAUUGUCAUGAAUCAUGUCUUGCCUGCACUUGGUGUAGCGUUUGCCAUUUCCAUCUAUCUGUCCCCGUUUACCCACGUCUGGAAGUCGCUUAAAAACAAGGAAGCCAGCUUGGUGAAUACCAUGCCAUAUCCAUGGAUCAUAGCAAAUUGUCUUGGCUGGAUUGUCUAUGGCUGCCACACGGGCGAUUAUUACGUAUUCGUGGCAAAUAUUGUGGGGUAUCAUUUGGGUCUGUUUUACACUCUCUCGUCGCUCCAUUAUGGAUCAGACAAGUUCCGCACCACCGCUGCCGUCAUUGUGCUCGGAUCGUCCUUCCUUGUUCUUACCUCUGCAUUUGUUGUAUUUGCCAUUCUUAGACAAGCUCAACCAUCAAAGACCGUUCUUGGAUCCGUCUGUGUGUUUAUUCUGGUCAUCUUCUACGCCUCCCCACUAUCAGACCUUGCCAGUGUGAUUCGCUCACGCGAUGCUUCUUCCAUCAAUCCCAUUCUUGGAUUCUGCUCUCUGCUUAACGGUGCAUUGUGGACUGGCUAUGGAUUUGCCAUCUCUGACCCCUUUAUUUGGGCUCCCAAUGUAGUUGGAGUUGUUCUCUCUAUCGUUCAGCUCUUCCUUUGCUUCCUUUUCCGCGGUAACAAGAGCACCGUCAACUCUCAAGGCACCCUUCCUACUUCCAAAGCCCUUGAAGCCGAAUACCAUCACUCUACAUAAGUCAUCUGGAUUAUGGCAAUCAUUUUUUCAAACCAUAAUGCACGCAUUAUUCCAUUCUUUUGUAUUUUUUAUCAAGAAAAUGACAGCCAUAUCCAUACUCUUGAGAUUACAUUAAACUGGUUUUUUUGUUUUGUGCAAGAUUUGGAAAUAUCUCAGUUUUUGACAUUAACCGUAUUUUCAACGAAACGUUUGUAUUCAUCUCGUAGUGAUUAUCUAUUUUGCUCUGAAAUAAAUAAUAGUCGAGUAUUCAUU